AACCCAACACUCAAACCUAAUCUCUUUUCAGUAAACAAAUACCUAACACAAAAGUACUCAACUAUUACUUAAUUUUCUCAUUUUUUUUUAAUUUUUAAUUUAAAAUUGAUUCAUUUCUUUCUUUUAACUCAUUCAUUCAUUGCGUCAACGCCUUUUUCUUUGUUCUGUCACUUGUUUAUUUCUUUAACACUCGUUUCUUCUUUUUUGUUUUUAGUUUUGUUAUUUUCUUUUCCUUUCCUUUUCCCUUUUUCAUUCUAUUAGAAUGAAAAUGGAGCUUAUUUUCACUUGAUGUUGUCUUCUCUAGUUUGUCUCUCUGGGUCUGCAUUAGGGUUUUUGUGGGUUUUUGUUUGUUGUUUUUAAGGUCUGAGAGGCGGGCAGUUAUGGUGAGAAAACAUGGGUGGCAACUCCCUGCACACACCUUUCAGGUUGUUGCAAUUACUGUAUUCUGCUUGUUAGUGGUUGCAUUUUACGCUUUCUUUGCUCCUUUUCUUGGAGGCCACACUUGGGAAUACGCCUUGUUUGCUGUUUACUCUCCAGUGGCACUUCUCGUAUUCAUUCUAUAUGCCCGUUGUACUGCAAUUAAUCCUGCAGAUCCUGGCAUAAUGUCCAAAUUUGAUGGUAAAGUAACAAACAAAUCUAACAUAAAACAUGGGUUAUCAGCGAAGGACCUACCUAGAAAAUUUGAUGAAUUUGGUAGUGGGGUGCACUCUUCCCCAUCAUCACUUUCAAGAAGUUCCAUAGGGGCAGCAAACUCUAGUAAGAAAGGUUCAGUAGGAGAUAGUGUGGGAGUAGAUAUUCCAGGAGAACCAGCAACCAGAAAAUCUCAUUGUAACAUUGGAGGAAUCUUGUGCGCGGUGUGUGUUCAUGAAGAUUGCCGUAAAGAGGAAGAGACAGCUGAGCAACAGGGUGAUGAUGCAUUGUUCUGCACACUGUGCAAUGCUGAGGUCCGCAAGUUCAGUAAGCAUUGCAGAAGUUGUGAUAAAUGUGUGGAUGGUUUUGAUCACCAUUGCCGGUGGCUUAACAAUUGCGUGGGACACAAAAAUUAUAUGACUUUUAUCUUUCUUAUGGCCAUCAGUCUUGUUUGGCUUGUUAUUGAAGCAGGAGUUGGUAUUGCUGUCCUUGUGCGUUGCUUUGUUAAUAAGAAAGGCAUGGAAACUGAAAUUGUUGACAGACUUGGAAAUGGUUUCUCUCGUGCCCCAUUUGCAGUAGUUGUGUUUAUAUGUACCGGUGUUUCCAUCCUGGCUUGUAUACCUCUGGGUGAACUUUUCUUUUUCCACAUGAUACUGAUAAGAAAGGGUAUCACAACAUAUGAGUAUGUUGUGGCAAUGAGAGCAAUGAGUGAGGCACCUGCUGGAGCAUCUGUGGAUGAGGAAGUGCCAAAUUUGUUAUACUCUCCAACUGGAUCUACCACAACUGGCAUGAGUGGCGGAAGUUCUCUGGGCUUGCCGUAUAAGGGGGCUUGGUGUACCCCUCCAAGGAUAUUCGUCGAUUAUCAGGAUGAAGUUGUACCCCACUUGGAGCCUGGAAUGGUCCCUUCAACUGUUGAUCCAGAUGCAGCUGGAGUUGCAGAAAGAGGGAACAAAGUGCCCAAAAGACCUGUUCGUAUUAGUGCUUGGAAGCUUGCAAAGUUAGAUUCGAAUGAAGCCGUGAGGGCUGCAGCUAAAGCUAGGGCAUCGUCAUCUGUUUUACGACCUGUUGAUAAUCGCUGUGUGCCCGAUUCUGAAUUCAGCUCCAGUAGCAAUCUGAGUGUCAGAAGUAGUGUGAGCACAGAUAUGGGGGCAAAUAAAGAGAACAAGAAUGAGCUGGGAUUAUUGGCACUUAAAAAUUCCUUUGCUCCAAGUCAAGGAAGCCGUGAUGAGUAUGAAACUGGGACUCAAAGUGUGAGUAGCUUCAGCAGUCCAAGCCAGAUUCAUGAGCCAGUCACACUUAGCCCUCUGCCACAAGCUCAUGCUUUUGGUCAUUUUAACGCAACUGCAUCAGGUCCUGGUGUUCCUGAUUGUCCUGCAGCUUCUAAGGCAGCAGCAGCUUUCACUAGUAUCAACAAGUCAACAACCAACACUUCAUCAGGAUUUGAUGAGAAGAUAAUGCAGAAGGGAGGCAUUACCGAUCCAUUACUGCUGUCUGCUCCUGCUGCUUCUCUUCUUAGAGAUGUUAAGAGGACAUCAGUUGUUUGGGACCAAGAAGCUGGGAGGUAUGUAUCUGUUCCAGUAUCAGCAUCAGAAACUCGGAACAGGUCAUCCUUACAAAUAGGAUUACCACAUUCUAGUGCACAAAUUAAUGGUCAAAAUAGAAGACCAAUUAUUCCACCCCAAGAAUCUUCUUCUUCAGCAAUGCAGGCUCCAGUACAGCAAGCGGAGAAGCUGAUGUACACAGGAGACUCUAUUUUCUUUGGUGGUCCAGUUUUGAGUGCCCCGACAAGGGAUAUUCUAAAAAAUGAGAGAGGUUUGAAUCCCAGAGAGAGCCAAGAGAGGGUGGCACUCAACUUAUCUCGAGAAUCCAGAUUCAAAAGGGAUUCAGUCUCGAACCAGCUUCCUGUAUUCGUCCCAGCAAGUACCGGUCACAAGCAUGCAUCUGGAUCUGGUUUGUAGAUACGCUUGACUUAACCUUGAACAUGGGUGUAGAAUUUUUCCUUAAAUCAUCUGGGUUGACAAGUGAAGUGGAAAACAAGUUGAAGAAACCUCUUUAAAUGAGCUGCUUGACCCCUGGAACCUUUUUCAGUUUUGAUUAUGUUGCUAAUACAAUUGUGUUGCAUGGUUCAAGCAAGUUCUGUGUUCUUCAACGGAUGAGGUUUGGUAAAUGACAUGUCGGCUUUAGAAGUUUGUAAAUGAGGUGAUUUUUUAGAAAAAACAACAGACAGUCAAUCUUUCAUUAUGGCUAAAGGGUUUCAUUCAAAUCCUUUUUGACCCUGUAAACCCGACCUUCAUUGUUGCUUUACUGAAUUAUUGGUAAUCUAAGUCUCAUUCAACA